AUGACCUCAGACCCUGUUUUUCUGCCCGAGAAGGAUGCUGCUUCUUUCCAGGCUUUCAUGCUCCUAUGUGCUGAUAAGGAUCUGUUGAGUCGGCCAAAAGGCAUCGAAACCAGCGACCGCUGCGAUGGCUUAUCCGACUAUCCCACAUUGUUGCGAUUCUUUAUCGCACGAAAGAACGACCCUAAUGCUGCUGUAAACCAGUUACAGCAAUCCCUGGAUUUUCGCAAAGAUCGAGACAUUCUACCAUUAUACGAAGUCGUAGAUACUGAGGAUUUCGAACAAGCCCGUCAAUUUUAUCCUCACUGGACAGGAAGGAGAAAUAAGCAAGGGCUUCCAAUCUGUUAUUUUGAUAUUUCUAGGCUUGACAAAGGCGCUCUGAAUUCGUGGGAAGAAAGUCGUAGCUCCGCCGGCUGGAGUUUUUCGAAAUAUGAGACCGGAGCCUCCCCAAAGCCUGAUAUGCUGCAAAUGGCGUCCGUCUUUCAUGACAGUCUCGUUCGGUUCGUUCUUCCAUUAUGCACCAUGAUGACUGAUCGGCCGAAUCCAUCCACGCCAGUCUCGAGCUCGAUUUACCUUGUCGAUGCAUCCGGUCUUGGUUUGAAACAAGGUUGGAGCCUCAAAACAUUUGCCCAAGAGAUAAGCUGGCUUCUCUCGACAUGUUACCCUGAAACAAUUCUGAAAGUCUUUGUUUGCAAUGCGCCUUCAUAUUUCGCGACAGUUUGGAAGUACCUGAAGAAAUGGGUAGAUCCCAACACCGCGGAGAAAAUCGAGGUAUUGGGUAGUCAUGAAGUUUCUGAUGCUCUGAAGGAACAUAUUGAUACUGCCAAUAUUCCCACUUCUUUCGGGGGAGACUUUGAUUUUGAUCACGGAUCACUUCCCGUACUGGUUGAAAAUAUUCGCGGUCGUUUGUCAUGGAAUUCACCAGAAGAAUCUUUGCCUUCUGGUCCUCUUAAGUUUUCUGAAGCUGCGGAUGGAAAACUUACGGCAAUGGCCGUUGGGGUCUUGCGAGGGUUGAAACGUAAUGAGGUCAUAGCAACGAUAGACCUAGAUGGAGGUGAGUAA